CAGGAAAAGAGGUUUGAAUGCAAUGGUUUUCUGGAAGAAUGGGUGACUCACGUAACUGGAGAAUUCCAGCACAUUCGAAAUAGUAUUGUUGAGGGCCGUGGCGACGAGUCUCAGUUGAUUGCUGACGUCAUAACGUGCACGAAUGACAACUUAAAAAGAACCGCUCGUGAUCUGGUCAAGAUCAAAGAUUACAAGCUAAAAGCGAAAUACUUCCAAGUUUGUGACCUUCAGGGAUUCUUCCUAAAGAAAGGAGGUUUUAAAGUGAAUGAUGUUCCCGCUAUCAAGCAACUUGUUUGUAGAGAAAGUUGUGAAGGAAGCGGCCAUGACCAAGAGCCC